AUGUGUUCAUAAUACAAAAACUAAUUUAUUUGCAAUUUCAAUAUAAUCAUAAUAAUAAAUAAUUAAGAUAGUAGAUAACUGAGGUGCAGAUUUAAAAAUAAUUUUUAUAGUUUUAGAAAAGAGACUAUAUUGGAUUCGAAGAAGCUAAAGCAAUAGAUGAUGGUAUAAAUGCUGUAUUCUAAUUAAGAAUAAUAAUAUACCAGCAGAAUAUCUUUAAUUUAUUCAAAAGAAAAGGUUAUUGAUUGGAAUAAUCAAAUCUUAGAUUACACAAAUAGAAAUUUGAGGAAAUUAGAUACAUCACUUAAGUACUGUAUGAGCUGUAUCAUUUAAAAAAGUAAUAAUUCAAAACUUACAGUAGCACUUGUUUUUUGCUUUAUAACAAUUAGUUGAUGCUAGUUUUAAUACAAAUACUGAUGGUAUAAGCAUUGC